GUCUGCUGUGAAAUCCAGACACGCAGAACCAGAACCUGAAAAAUCAAAAUUAUUAAUAAGUUAAAAAGCCCUAGCUACUUGCUGUCACUCUGAGAGAUUGGAGAUCAGAACAAGAAAGAAGACAAGGAAAAAUUACGCUGCAUUUUGGGAGAGGGAUCGGUGAGGGUGAUGGGAUCUGGAGCUGGAAACUUCCUCAAGGUGGUUCUCAAGAACUUUGAUGUUCUUGCUGGGCCUGUGGUUAGUCUUGUUUAUCCUCUAUAUGCCUCAAUUAGGGCAAUUGAGACCAAAUCUCCUGUUGAUGAUCAACAAUGGCUUACUUAUUGGGUCCUUUAUUCUAUGAUUACACUCAUCGAGCUCACCUUUGCCAAAGUCAUUGAAUGGAUACCAAUCUGGUCAUAUGCAAAGCUCAUUCUGACUUGCUGGUUGGUGAUCCCAUACUUCAGUGGUGCUGCAUAUGUUUAUGAGCACUUUGUGAGACCUCUUUUUGUUAACCCACAACAAACUAUUAAUAUCUGGUAUGUCCCAAGGAAGAAGGAUGUCUUCAGUAAGCCAGAUGACAUUCUAACUGCUGCAGAGAAAUACAUUGAAGAGAAUGGGACUGAAGCAUUUGAGAAGCUUAUUCACAAGGCUGAUAAGUCCAGGAGUAACACUUACACAAACACAAUCUUCGAUGAGGACUAUAGAUAUUAAGGCUUGUAACUCUCAGUUUGAUCUGCUACCUAAUACAUUGUUGAAUAUAACUCUGGCUAGAUUUCUCUACUUUUUUUUGUUGCUGAAACUAUAGUUGUCUUUUGUCUGAUAUGGUGUUACAUUGUUGUGAAGGAAACUCGAUGUUUUAAUAUUAUAGUAUGUAAUCUAAAUGUUAUAGAAUGUAAUUAUCUGUCACGACUCA